AUGAAAGUAUUUUGGUUCUUAGCUUUUGGCUGUUUAACAGCAAUCGCCUGUGCUCUACAGGAGUAUGAUACUCGCGUUAAUGGUGAAAAUGGUUGGUAUAUACCACAAGAAGAUGGUUCCUUUAAUUGGAUUGAUAUGGAAGAAGCGGAAUCGUAUCUUAGAAUAAUGACAAAUACAGAAAAUUUUGGUUUGACUACCAAUCCAGUGAAAUUUUAUUUAUAUACCAAAUUAAAUCCCACAAACAGUCAACGAAUUACUGCCAAUGCUGAAUCAAUAAAAGGCUCCAAUUUUAAUUCAUCUCAUCCCACCAGAUUUAUAAUACACGGCUGGAAUCAAAGUCGCCGUACGGAUAUGAAUAAAGACAUACGUGAUGCCUGGUUGAGUGUGGGUGAAUUUAAUAUUAUUGUAGUCGAUUGGGCUCGUGCUCGUUCGGUUGAUUAUGUUACCUCUGUUUUGGCUGUACCCAGAGCGGGCGAGAAGGUGGCCAGCAUGGUUGACUAUUUGGUGCGAGAACAUGACAUGUCAUUGGAUACCUUAUAUGUUAUCGGUCAUAGUUUGGGUGCUCAAGUGGCUGGUUAUUGUGGCAAAAAUGUUAAAACUGGCCAAAUUCAUGUCAUUGUAGGUUUAGAUCCCGCUCUGCCUUUGUUCAAAUAUAACGAACCCGAAAAACGUUUAAACAGCACAGAUGCUUUCUAUGUGGAAUCCAUACAAACCAAUGGUGGUAAAUUGGGUUUUUUGAAACCUAUUGGUCGCGGUGCCUUUUAUCCAAAUGGUGGUGAAUCUCAACCGGGUUGUCUUUUAGAUCUAACUGGUCUUUGCUCUCACCAACGUUCCUGUACAUAUUAUGCCGAAGCUGUUGCUGAGAAUAAUUUUGGCACAAUGCUUUGUGAAAAUUACAAAGAUGCUAUUGCUAAAAAUUGCGGUGAUAUUUUUAGCUCUGUGCGCAUGGGUGCUGAUAAAAAUGCUUACAUGGUUGGUGGGGACUUUUAUGUACCCGUUAACAAAAAGUCUCCUUUUGGCAUGUUGUCAUAA